CUGAGUGAUCGGGGCAGAAGGUGGAGUGGCCUGCACCCAGGAUCCAUCGUUGGGCUCUUUUGUUUCCUAUCUGUUCUCGUGCGCCGUUACCGCGUUUGGGCACUGCGGGCCUCUCGUAGUAUCGUGCAAUCACUGGCACGACGCAAGGGGAUUCAUUCUGGGAAGCGUGGUCUUUGUCGUCCUCCCCCUUUUCGCGUGGACGGUCCCUUUCUGGAUCUGGUGUUUGUGAUUGGAAGUGUUUUGAGAGUGUAUGUGACCAUCUUUAGUUCCGAGUUCCUUUCGCCUGUCGAUUGCAGAAUUUUUCUCUCUAUCUGUUCCAUCUUCCCUACUGUAUCUUUGUUGUAGCCGAGAAGAGUCAUGACUUGUCAUCGUCGCGGAGAGGACGAUCCUACUUGAGAGAUGCUUCCUCGUCGCUUGAAUUGGAUUGGUUAACGCUUCGUGUUGCGCUGCAGCUGAGUUUAGGAAGAUGGCGUGAAGCUGUCGCAGACAGUCGCAAUGGAGGUGCACAACGGCGAGGUUUGACGCUCUCUAGGAAACUUUUCGUGAGCACCUAUCAUUGGGAUUUCUUCAUAUUAGGAUGACUUGUAACAAUUUAUUCAAACGAUCUGGGUUGAUGAAGAGCACUUGAGCACAGGUGGGAGAGAACCAUGGCAAUUAUGGAAGGAUGGCUGUACUUGAUAGAGUCCAACAAGUUGAUGAUGACACAUCCUCGGAAGCGCUACUUUGUGCUAUCCGGGAACCAGGCGCGUUAUUACAAGGAGAAGCCUGCUUACCGCCAGGAGGCUCCUCUAAAAAGUGGAUCCUUUGAUCCUUACACGAGAGUAGUUGACCAUGGGCGGGAAAGUAUUCAUGGUCGAACUCUAUUCGUGUUUGAAAUAUAUGACUCUUACACCCAUGGAGACAAGCUGAAGUUUGGUGCACGGAGUUCUGAGGAGGCAGCAAAAUGGAUGGAAGCAUUCAAGGAAGCAGCAGAGCAGGAUAUUCUGCCUGGAAAUGAUGGAUUAUUCGUUCCCUCAGGUGGGAGACGGAAGUAUCCUUUCAGGCUAUCAGGAAGGAGAAGCGGUGGUCUAGUCAAAGACCUUUCUGGUGGUUCUGGCACCAUCACUAAUCCUCUCUUUCGAGAAGGUUCAACAACAGAGUUACCAGGGUGGGUUGGGUCUUUGCUCUCAAGAGAUUCGUCUGCAAGGGAUGCAUCCCCAGAUGUAGUAGCUGAUUCGCCGUGGCAAAUAUUUGGCUGCGUAAAUGGAUUGCGAUUAUUCAGGGAAACCACUGAUCACCAUGGAUUUAAGAGCAUGAUACGUGGAGAGGAUCCUCCUGCACUGAUGGGCGUUGGAGUGGUGUUUGCUACUUGUGAGUCCGUAUUUCAAACUGUCAUGACCUUGGGAUCUUCACGAUCUGAGUGGGAUUUCUGCUAUGCCAAGGGAAGAGUCAUAGAGCACAUUGAUGGGCAUUCGGACAUCGUUCACAAGCAGUUCCAUACGCAUUGGCUUCCUUGGCGGAUGAAGCCCAGGGACCUGGUUGUGCAUCGCUACUGGCGCCGUGAAGACGAUGGCUCUUACGUUAUUCUGUACAAGUCAGUGAAGCAUGAGAAAUGUCGUCCACGACGGAAGUUUGUGCGUGCCUGGCUCAAAAGUGGAGGGUAUGUUAUAUCGCCACUGCCACCACAGGGAGGUUUCCAGCACCGUUGUGCGGUGAAACACAUACUCACUGUAGAUUGGAAACAUUUCAAAACACCUUGGUCCUCUUCUAAGGACAGGGUCAUUACGCUCAAAGUUCUUGAACGAGUGGCAGCCUUGAGGGAGUUUUACAAGGUCAAGCCGGCGGACUACAUGCCUACCUCCAUAAGCCCAGACUUGAGGCGACUGGACGUUGCAGGCUGCAAGCCUCCAUUAUUGCAGAAGGAAAACAUCCCUGAAGUGCAUCUAUGUGGUGCGGAGGUUGCGCGUUCUCCGGAAGACAAUAUUGCAGGGCAGAGCAUGUUCCGCCAGCUAGCCGAGGAGGAGUUUUUCGAUGUUCCGGAAGACUCAGCAUGGGACACAGAACUUGAGCCAGAUCUGGACGGUCGGCGGGAGUCUACGGAUCCAGACGAAACAUCAGACGAAGAUCAACAUUGGGCUCGGGUUGGAUAUUGGGUUGCUCUGAAGUAUGGACUUCUCUGCCUUUUCCUGAUUAUUUUGUCGAAUUACAUGAUCUUUACGAUUACAUCACAGAAUGGAGGCGUUCAUAAGCUGUCCGCAGCCGCAACCAUCGUGAAGCGCUUCCAAGGAAUGGCAGCUCAAAAGCGUACACACCAGGACGACGACGAAGAUGGCAUAGAGCUGCUUGCUAGAGAAGGUACUCUUCCAAAAAGCUCUGGUUGUUGUACCACGAGCUGUUAUGAAUCAGCCGAGGCAAGCAUCUUCUUGAUCCGUGGCAAACACUAUCUUCAAGACCGCAAGAAGGUGGUGGCCAAAGACCCGGUAAUGCAAUUUGUUGCGGCCGAUUGGUUGAAGUCCAACAAGAGAGAGGAUCAUCUUGCCUCUCGGCCCUCUAAUCCAGUUCAGCAGUUUUUGGCCAAUCAGAGAAAGAUCGAGGGUCGAGUGCAAGAUCCUUUUUUCUUUAUCAUCAAUAUUCAAGUUCCAGGAUCUACAACAUACUCUUUAGCUCUCUACUACAUGAUCACACAACCCCUUUCAGACUUCCUCAUUCUAGAAAACUUCGUACGUGGAGAUGAUCGUCACCGCAAUGCUAGCUUCAAGCUCAUCCCACACAUUGCAAAGGGUCCGUGGAUUGUGAAGCAAAGCGUUGGCAAGACGGCUUGCUUGAUCGGAGAAGCUUUGGAGAUCACGUAUCACACUGACAAGAAUUAUAUUGAGUUGGAUGUGGACAUUGGUUCAUCCUCUGUAGCGAAGGGUGUAGUGAACCUGGUGUUGGGUUACUUGAGCAACCUUGUUAUCGAGUUGGCAUUCCUCAUCCAGGCCAACACUGAAGAGGAACUUCCAGAAUAUCUGCUUGGUACCUGCAGGCUUGUAAACCUGGAUAUCGCAAAAGCCAUUCCUGCACGCCCGGAGUGAAGAGGUAUUCACUAUGAGUCUGAAUCUGUAGCUUAGGCGAGUCGACAGAAGUCAUUUUUUUCUGUGCUUCAAGCUUGUAUUCCAAUCAAAGAGUUAGGUGAAACGAAGAGGUAGAAAAAGCUAUUCUUUAGAGUUUCUAUGCAAGGAGGCUCUAGAAACAUUUAAUUUUUGGAUAAGACUUUGUAUAUAUUUAUACAUAUAAUACAUUUUGAAACUUGCAUCCAUAUUUGGAACUGA